CACACGGCGCAGAGAAAUCGAACGCGAAAAAGGGGACGAGAGAGAGAGAGAGAGAGAGAGGGAGGGAAGAGGGCGCGCUGCGAUCGGCGAUGGAUGUGGGAGCGAAGGUGCCGAAGAAGGCCGCGGCUGGGCGUCGCGGCGGCGGCGGACCGAAGAAGAAGCCGGUCUCCCGCUCCGUGAAGGCCGGCCUCCAGUUCCCCGUCGGCCGUAUCGGCCGCUACCUCAAGCAGGGCCGCUACUCCCAGCGCAUCGGCACCGGCGCCCCCGUCUAUCUCGCCGCCGUCCUCGAGUACCUCGCCGCCGAGGUUCUCGAACUGGCGGGGAACGCGGCUCGGGACAACAAGAAGAACCGGAUCAUCCCGCGGCACGUUCUGCUGGCGAUACGCAACGACGAGGAGCUCGGGAAGCUGCUGGCCGGCGUCACCAUCGCGCACGGCGGGGUGCUGCCCAACAUCAACCCCGUGCUGCUCCCCAAGAAGACCGCUUCCGCUGCCGCCAAGGAGGGCAAGGAAAAGAAAUCGCCCAAGAAGGCCGCCACUAAGUCGCCCAAGAAGGCGGCCGCCGCGUAGGCCCAGGCAAUGCUGGUGCCUCGUCUCUCGCUCUCUCCCUGUCUGGUCUGAACUGAAACGCUCCUAGCUGUCGUCGUCGUCGUUCUGCCUGCUAUGCUUAUCAUGGAUCCGUUGUUCGGUUGUUUGCAUGUAAUUGCGUGCCUCAGUCAGCAUGUACUGUGUAGGUUAACACUGGUCUAGGUUUAAAUCUGAAAAAACACUGGUUUAGGUUCAAGGAGUGUGAACUGUGAAGGGCAGGGGAGGGGUGGGAGGAGGGAACUGUGAAUCAUUAGGUCCUGCUUGUAAUAAGAUUGCGAAGAUGCGUAAAAUUCCGUGCUUCCAUUCUGUGCUUGAUUGUCUGGAUGUGGUUUUGUUCGCGCUAGUUGGGACUUGGGAUGCUUAUGUGGUUGCGUCUGAUGUGAUUAGUUGGUUAUUGGAACCUGUUGAGUUUGA